AUCAAUUUCAUGAUUUGGGCUACUACUGCAUUUUAUAGCAUGCGUUCUUUAUGUUGUAUCCUGUGACUCGAAAUGCUGGAGAAUCUACGGUCAAAAAGCAAAACGCUGGACCCGACUGUAUCGAUCAUGCUCACGUGACGAUAACACCAAAACCCCAAUGGUGACUCAAUUCAACUCUCCAGACCACCAAAUUGUUCACGACCCAACAAGGCUCCAAGGGCCAACUAUUUGAUGCCACAAGAAACCAAUCGUUAGGCCAAAAAAGGCUGCUGUUUCACGUCAUGGCUCUCGCCCCCCAUUCUCCAGCACCGUCGCCAGUCAAGUCACAGCCAGUCUUUACCAUCACGCCUGUGCAAACCAGCGCCCAUCUCGACACAAUCCGCAGCCUUUUCACUCGAUAUGCCACCGCUCUCGGCAUUGACCUGACAUUCCAAGGCUUUCAAACGGAACUCGACUCUUUGCCUGGCGCUUAUAGUCCGCCGACAGGGUCUCUGCUUCUCGCGCAACACAGUCUCUCCGGCGAGGCGAUUGGUUGUGUCGGUUUGCGACCAUUGAAACCCUCAUCAUCCCCCUCGCAUCCCUCACCCACUGGCUCAGUCGCUGAGAUGAAGCGCCUCUACGUCUCUCCCGACGGUCGCGGCUUGGGACUAGGCCGUGCAUUGGCAGAAGCCAUUGUCUCUGCUGCCGAGCAGCUGGGCUACACUGAAAUUCGGCUGGAUACAUUACCUGAUAUGCAUGCCGCACGCCAUCUGUACACUGACAUGGGGUUCGUCCAAAUCGAUCGCUACUACGAUACACCUCUGCUAGACACGGUGUUCCUGGCGUUAAAGCUGCCAAGGCCUGUCGUCAAAUCCAAUGGUGAUAUCAGCCCAAAGGACGAGUAGAAGUAAACCCCGAACAAUCCCACGCACGAUACCAAGUACUAGAAUAUCACCAUAAUCUACCACAAUAUAGAAGAUAUCACGACAUCAAAUCCUCAAA